AUGGCCGACAUCAAGACCGGCAUCUUCGCCAAGAACGUGCAGAAGCGGCUCAACCGAGCUCAGGAAAAGGUCCUCCAGAAGUUGGGAAAAGCCGAUGAAACGAAAGAUGAACAGUUUGAAGAAUAUGUCCAGAACUUCAAACGGCAAGAGGCAGAGGGUACCAGACUUCAGCGAGAACUCCGAGGAUAUUUAGCAGCAAUCAAAGGCAUGCAGGAGGCCUCAAUGAAGCUCACCGAGUCACUUCACGAAGUCUACGAGCCAGACUGGUACGGACGGGAAGAUGUGAAGAUGGUUGGUGAGAAAUGUGAUGCUCUGUGGGAAGAUUUCCAUCAAAAACUAGUGGACGGGUCCUUGCUGACGCUGGACACCUACCUGGGCCAGUUUCCUGACAUAAAGAAUCGCAUCGCUAAACGCAGCAGGAAGCUCGUGGACUAUGACAGCGCUCGCCAUCACUUGGAGGCUCUGCAGAGUUCCAAAAGGAAGGAUGAGAGUCGGAUCUCCAAGGCAGAAGAGGAGUUCCAGAAAGCUCAGAAAGUGUUUGAAGAGUUCAAUGUUGACUUACAAGAAGAAUUACCAUCGUUGUGGUCAAGACGCAUUGGCUUUUAUGUCAAUACUUUCAAAAAUGUCUCCAGCCUUGAGGCCAAGUUUCACAAGGAAAUUGCGGUGCUUUGCCACAAGCUCUAUGAAGUAAUGACAAAACUCGGCGACCAACAUGCUGACAAGGCCUUCAGUAUUCAAGGAGCUCCCAGUGAUUCAGGUCCUCUUCGCAUUGCAAAGACACCAUCACCCCCAGAGGAGCCUUCACCUCUGCCCAGCCCAACAGCCAGUCCCAACCACACACUAGCGCCUGCCUCUCCCGCCCCCGUGCGACCCAGGUCACCUUCACAGACAAGGAAAGGGCCUCCUGUCCCACCUCUGCCUAAAGUGACCCCAACCAAAGAACUGAAGCAGGAGAACAUCAUCAAUUUCUUUGAGGACAACUUUGUUCCAGAAAUCAAUGUGACGACACCUUCGCAGAAUGAAGUCCUAGAGGUGAAGAAGGAGGAGACUUUGCUGGAUCUGGACUUUGACCCCUUCAAGCCUGAUGUGACUCCUGCAGGUUCUGCUACAGCAGCCCACUCCCCCAUGUCUCAGACAUUGCCCUGGGACUUAUGGACGACAACCACUGAUUUGGUACAACCGGCUUCUGGAGGUUCAUUUAAUGGCUUUACCCAGCCCCAGGAAACUUCAUUAUUCACCAUGCAGGCAGAUCAGAAUAUGGUAGGUGGCUUGGCUGAAACUGAACAGGCGCUAUCCAUGGAGCCCCAAGCUGAGGAGCCUCCUGCCACCGCUGCUGUACCUGCUGCCGGGCUGGACCUUGGACUGGAGAUGGAGGAGCCAAAGGAGGAGGCAGUGAUUCCUCCGGGAACUGAUGCCGAUGAGACUGUGGGAACUACAGUGCCUGCUGAUGGGGUCCCAGUGGAGGAAGCAGAGGCAGAGAAGUCAGCACUCCCUGCUGCAGAAGGAGAAAGUCUUGACGGAACCCAAGUCGGCGCUGAGUGCGCUGAGGUCCCAAGCAGCGAGAGCCCUCCACCAGCAGAGACUCAAGUGGCUGCUCCCCAGGAGAAGGUCAUCCCUUCUGUUGUCAUCGAGCCAGCCUCCAACCAUGAAGGGGAAGGAGAACACCAUGAAACCACCAUGGGUGCCACCGAGAAUGUGGCUCCUCAGGCUGGUGAGACGCAGGAACUGGUUGCAGAGGCCACGCCUCUGGAUUCUCAGGCAGCUAUGGCUGCACCAGGAGGUGCUGGGGAUUCCUCCGUGUCUGCAGAAAAUGCUGCUCAGGACAUGCCUCCUGGCUUUCUCUACAAGGUGGAAACACUGCAUGAUUUUGAGGCAGCUAAUUCUGAUGAACUUAACCUGCAGAGGGGUGAUGUGGUGCUCGUGGUCCCCUCAGACUCAGAAGCUGACCAGGAUGCAGGCUGGUUGGUGGGGGUGAAGGAGUCAGACUGGCUUCAAUACAGAGACCUGGCCACUUACAAAGGCCUCUUUCCAGAGAACUUCACCCGGCGUCUGGAGUAG